AUGCCGCGUUCGUUCCUUGUCAAGAGCAAGAAGGCUCACAGUUACCACCAGCCGCGCUCCCCGGGACCCGACUAUUCCCUCCGCCUGGAGAAUGUACUGGCGCCAGGCGGAGCAGACAGCACCUCGAGCGCAGGAGGGGCGAAGACAGAGCCCCGGGGUCGUUUGUCCCCCGACUCACAGAUGACUGAGGCCCCUGACAGAGCCUCCGCAUCUCCGGGCAGCUGUGAGGGCAGCGUCUGCGACCGGAGCUCAGAGUUUGAGGAUUUCUGGAGGCCUCCGUCGCCCUCUGUGUCUCCAGCCUCAGAGAAGUCGGUGUGCCCGUCGCUGGACGAAGCCCAACCCUUCCCCCUGCCCUUCAAGCCAUACUCGUGGAGCGGCCUAGCGGGUUCUGACCUGCGGCACUUGGUGCACAGUUACCGGCCGUGCGCGGCCCUGGAGCGCGGCGCGGGCCUGGGCCUCUUCUGCGAGCGCGCCCCGGAGCCAGGCCACCCCGCGGCGCUCUACGGCCCGGAGCGGGCUGCGGGCGGCGCAGGGGCCGGGGCGCCCGGGGGAGGCAGCGCAGGAGGUGGNNCUGCCGGCGGCGCGGGCCUGGGGCUCUACGGCGACUUCGGGCCCCCGGCGGCAGGGCUGUACGAGCGGCCGACGGCGGCGGCCGGCGGGCUAUACUCUGAGCGCGGCCACGGGCUGCACGCGGACAAGGGCGCCGGCGUCAAGGUGGAGUCGGAGCUGCUGUGCACCCGCUUGCUGCUGGGCGGCGACUCCUACAAGUGCAUCAAGUGCAGCAAGGUGUUCUCCACGCCGCACGGGCUCGAGGUGCACGUGCGCAGGUCCCACAGCGGCACGAGACCCUUUGCGUGCGAGAUGUGCGGCAAGACCUUCGGGCACGCGGUGAGCCUGGAGCAGCACAAAGCCGUGCACUCGCAGGAACGAAGCUUUGACUGUAAGAUCUGUGGCAAGAGCUUCAAGAGGUCAUCUACGCUGUCCACACACUUGCUUAUCCAUUCAGACACCCGGCCCUACCCUUGUCAGUACUGUGGCAAGAGGUUCCACCAAAAGUCAGACAUGAAGAAACACACCUUCAUUCACACUGGUGAGAAGCCCCACAAAUGCCAGGUGUGUGGGAAGGCAUUCAGCCAGAGCUCCAACCUCAUCACCCACAGCCGCAAGCACACAGGCUUCAAACCCUUUGGCUGUGACCUUUGUGGGAAGGGCUUCCAGAGGAAGGUGGACCUCAGGCGGCACCGGGAGACACAGCAUGGGCUCAAAUGA